CCCACUCGAGGUGGAGGUGGACGAAACUAAUAAGAGCACCCGUCCCUCCCCCGUCGCCGAACCCAAUCAAUCCCCUGCCCCAAAUCCCCCAGCCCCAAACCUAAUUCGUAGCCCCAAAUCGCCGCCGACCCCAAACCCAAUUCCCGGUCCCAAAUCGGCGAGGCGACCGUCGAUGACGAUGAAGAGGACGCGAGCGGCGCAGUCCGGCCAGAAGCUGCGAUUGUCUGUCCCUGGAGAGUACCCUUGUGUGAGGCGGCUGCGUCACCGGCGUCUCCUCGCCUUCCUCUGGCUCCAAGGCCACGGCUCUACCUUCGUCGCGAUGUUGAACCACACAAACUCCUACUUUUGCGUCUUUCAUCUAGUGCACCUCGUGUCCCAGGGCCACUGGACCAAAGCUUUGGAUUACAUCUUCCCUCGCUUCCUGCCGCUGGAGCCCCCUUGUACGCCCAGCCUCGAGGCCAGUGUCCUCGUCAAGUUUCUUCGCGUCCACCACUUGUUCCAGAAACUAGUCUGCUGCAAGUUUUCUCGGGACUGGAGACCCAUGUGGGCUAAAGCAGCUAAGAUCGUCGGGGACUUGGCUAACAGGACCCCAGAAUUCAAAGACCGGCUGCUACUGCCGGACGGCCUGAUGGGUCCGCAGAACGUACUCCCCAUCGGCUUCGGCUUUGCUCCUUUCCGACGGAGGCGGCACAUCAACAAAUGUACCCAUCCUACCACAAAGCAUGCACGUCAAGAACAUAACCGCCGGAUAGCUUAUAUCUAUCUUGAGAAGAGGACGAGCAUGCCUUCUUCCAGCCACUGCAGCCAGGAGUUGUCACCUGAAAUCUUUGCUAAGGCGCGGGAUGAUUGGUUUCAGAUAAUUUUUGAGGAAUGUAUUAAAGCUGCUACACACCUGGAGCGUAAUCAAGGGUGCGUGCUUCAAUCGAGUGCGAGGGAAGGUGCUUCUGUUACUGGAAAUUCCCAGCCCCAAAUCGGCAAAUGUCCCCAACCCCAAACACAAUCCCCAGUCCCAAAUUGGCGACCGUCCAAGAUGAUGACGAGAACGCGAGCGGUGGUGUGUGGCCAGGAGUUGCAACUGUCUGUCCCUGGAGAGUACCCCUGUGUGAGGCGGUUCCGUUACAGGCGUCUCCUCACCUUCCUCAGGCUCCAAGGAUAUGGCUCCACCUUCGUCGCAAUGUUGAAGCAGACAAACUACUACUUCUGCGUCUUUCAUCUGGCGCGCCUCGUGUCCCAGGGCCUGUGGAACGAAGCCUUGGAUUACAUCUUCCCUCGCUUUCUACCGCUGGAGCCCUCUUCACCGCCCAGCCUCGAGGCCAGUGUCCUUGUCAAGUUUCUCCGCGUGCACCUUUUAUUUCAAUUGGAAGUAGCCAGUAAGAUUUCUCAGGACUGGAGGCCCAUGUGGGCUAGAGCAGCAAAGAUUGUCCGGGAUUUGGCUAACAGAACUCCAGAAUUCAAAGACCGUUUGCUACUGCCGUACGGCCUGAUGGGUCCCCAGAACAUACUCCCCAUCGGCUUCAGCUUCGCUCCUUUCCGACAGAGGCGGCACGCCAAGAAAUGUACCCAUCCUACGAGCAAGCAUGCACGUGAAGAACAUACCCGUCGCCUAGCUAAUAUCUAUUUUGAAAAGAGGAUGAGCCUGCCUUCUUCCAGACACUGCAGCCAGGAGUUGUCACCUGAAAGCAUAGCUAAGGCACGGGAUGAUUGGUUUCGGAGAAUUUUUGAGCAAUGCAUUAAAGCUGCUACAUGCCUGGAGAUCAAUCAAGGGUGUGCUCUUCAGUCGAGUCCGUGGGAAGGCACUCCUGUUACUGGCAAUGUGAUAAACCCUAGAUUAUCUUCGGUCCCAUUAACAACUGAUGCAGGUUCUGCAAUCUCCCAGACUAUGUUAAAUUCUGAGGUCACAUCUACUACAAAUGCAGGCACCUGUGAAGAAAUAUGUUUUUCCGAGCGUGCUUGUCAGGGUUCCCAUCUAAGAAAGAGGUCAAUGACAGAACAGGUGGGGGACUAUUUAGCUACAAAAAAGCGACUCACUACUGGGGCCAAUGGUGAAGCAAGCACAGAUAAAGAAGUUUGUUUUACCAGAAGUGUUUGCCAGGGUUCUCAUUUAAGAAAGAGACCAAGGGCAGAAAUGACGGAGGACUAUUCAGCUACAAAAAGGCAACUGAUAACUGGGAACAAUGGUCAACUGAUAACUGGGAACAAUGGGCAAUGGUGAAGCAAGCAUGGGCGGCCCUGGGCGCGCGACGAGGUAGCACGGGCGGCGUGAGGGGCGCGGGGCGGGGCGGCGUCCAGGCCAGGCACGGCCCAGGGCGCGCGAGGCGGGGGCGGGACUGCCCCGGCGCGCGACGAGGUGCGCGGCGAGGCACGGGGCAACGCAAGGGACGCGGGGCGGGGCUGGGCGAGGCACGGGGCGGCGUCCAGGCGAGGGUGCGGCCCGGGCGGAGCUGCAGCCGUGCGCGGCUCCGCAGCGGCGUGGGGCGAAGCUGCAGCAGCGCGGCGCGACCGUGCCCGCGCGCACGGCUAGCUCCGCCCCCGCCUCGUGCCUCGUGCAGCAGGGCGACCGUGCUCGCGCCGGCGUGGCGAGCGGCCAGCGCCCGUGCACGCGCCCUUGGCCGUCGCCCUGCGCGUCGCCGUCGAUGAGCUUUGCCGCCGAAGCUCGUUUUGGCAGUGGCAACUUCCGGUAGGGAUGAAAAAAAAAAAGGAGGACUCGGUGCCAGGGUGCUCCAUGCGUGGGCGACGGUGGCAGUUGGCCAGGCCAGCCAAACUCCGGUGGUUAUUCCGGCCAUAUCCAUGGGAAAAAGAAGACAGGGGAGAGAGAAGAUGUCGGAUCAGGUGGAUAAAAACGGACGUGCGGAGCCAUGCGAAACCGUCCGGGCAGACGCAAAGGCCACCCAAAUUUAGGACGGGUUUGGGUAGCUCCGAACAAUAAUUGAUGGCUUUUUGGGUAUGGGUAUCCCCGUUGGGUGCUGUUUUUACCAAAACGGAUGCUUGCGGACCAGAUGAGUCGCAGCGUUGGAGAUGCCCUAAGUCUUACAAGAAAAGAUGAAUGAGCAUACUUAAGACACGUUAGUUAAAAGGCCGCCCUGCCCACGGCUGGCGCCCUCAAGAAUCCAGUGCAAGAAUGAAAUACAGUCAAUGAUAUCUAAGCUUGGACAAGCUGGCAAGGGGUGGUGAGCGUUGAGAUCCAAGCUCCAACCGUCCCACAUGCCCACAUGAAAUUUAAAACAAACUCGAUUUUUAGUAGAUCUAUUGCAGCCGACGUGCUCUAGUGUCAAAGUCCAACCCAACCCACAUGUACUUGUAGACACAUAGUCUGACGUACGAGUGAGCUUCAAAUUUUCCCCUUUCCAUCAUAUUCAGUGCAAACAAUCUCACAUAAGCAAUGAGUGUGCUGCCAAGAAAACUAUGGUGUUGUCCUGAAAAAUAACACGAGUUUUCAGUUUUUUUUCUUCCAAAUGUCACUACACAGUAUGAGUACUGCGUGUGUGUGACGACUUAUGAUGAAGAUCAUUGUACACCAACAAGGUUGACGCGCCAAUAUUUGUUUUAUAGGUUGGGCCACCUUGUUGAAGUGCAACUUAAUCGUAUAUUAAAAGUUGAUGAAGGUGUUAGAAAUAGGAUUAGCUUAAGUCUUAAGCUAACUAGGUAGUUACUUUUGUCCAACAGCCGUGUCUCUUCGAAGGGACACAACCUUGUAAACCGCCUUUAUUGGUGCCUGUUCGCUGGGUAUAUAUACCCCUCAAUCAUCAAUGAAAUCAAGUGUUCAUCUCUCAA